GUUGAAAUAUAUUUUCUUGGGCGUUUCACACACGCUUCAUAGACAUUGUUUUUAACCAACGUGAUUAUAAUAUUAAUGUUAAACGACUUGUGUAGUGUGAUGACCGUCGAGACGAGGCUGUGAUUUAGACAAUAUUUUUGUCGUGUACAUCGUUCGGUGUGGACCAAGAUGCCUUAUUUAAAGAAAACAGUAUUAAAGGAUGAUAUUUUAUGGGUUUUAACUGUGAUUUGGAUAUCAGUAUCCGUUGUAAGAGGUGGUGAAUGUCCUAGUUCAGUACAAGUUGUAAAACCUUGUGUUGAUGGCAGCAUAUCUGGAUCAAGAAUAUUCAUGGAUACUUCAGAAAUGACCCCCGAUGAUACGUCCUGUGUAUGUCGAUUAUCAACCAAUGUGGAUUCGUUGGAUAUUAAUAUGUAUUCUGCACCAGGCUAUGCAGGCUGUGGGUCUGAGAUUCAAUUCUCAUCUAUUUUCCCAGUAACGUUUCGUUGUGAUGUAGCUGGGACGAGACUCGACACUCUAACUAGAAAAACAUUGGAUGUAAUUACUAGGCAAACGACAUCUCCCGCCGAUGUAAGAUAUUGUGUAAUUAUACAGGCAUCUACAACAGCAACCGGCUCUGUGGGUAAUGUAUCCAUGACAUGUGCAUCCCAAACUACCACAUCACCCGAAUCUUCAACAACAGAUAGCACAACAAUAGCCACGACAAAAUCUACCGAAUCUACAACUCCUUCCGCAACGACAAUCCCUUCGGCAUCAACGGGCGAUGCAACUUUUUCGACAAUGACUAUCCCCUCAGCAUCUAGCAAAGCUACUUCUUCCGCGGUUAUGUCGACACCAUCAGCCACAACAAUGCCACCCGCAACAACUCCGCCAACAACAACAACACAGUUGCCAUCUUCAACACCAUCAGUGAUAACAUCCACAUCGGCAACGACCACUCCGCCAUUAUCAAAGAUAACUACAUCGACAAAUCCAUUAACAGUAACAAGCAUCCCCACCACUACUAACUCAUUAACAUCGAUAGUUUCAUCCACUGCAGCAGUCCCAUCUGUUUCUUCAACAACGCUCUCAGUAGAAACAUUAUCAACGACAAACCCAUCAUCUACAGCAACUACCAACAUUCUUAAUGAAUCAACAGCACCACCAAAUGUACCAACUUCAUCUUCUACAGAGACUGUGACCUCAAACGUUACAGAACAAACAACGACACCACCAAAUGUACCAAAUAAAUCGUCUACGGAGACUAUGACCUCAAACGUUACAGAACAAACAACGACACCACCAAAUGUACCAACUUCAUCGUCUACAGCUAUGACCUCAAACGUUACAGAACAAACAACGACAGGUAAUGCUGCGACUAGUGCAACUACCGAACUGACCUCUAUAUCCAGCAUGCAGACGGCGAACUCAGACGUUACACCAACCAGCACAGAGAACCCCACCACGUCAGUAUCAGUAUCCAUAGGCACAACUAAAAGUACAUCUGGGCGUCCUUUAAUUCCUGACUCUACGACUCCCAUAGAAAACACUACCAAUGUGACCGAAAGUUCGACAAAGUCCGGAAUGGACAACAAAGUAAUUGCAGUGAUUGUAAUAGCAGUAAUUAUUUUUGUUGCUCUGAUAAUAUUCCUGGUUGGUGCUAUUAUUUAUAAGAACAGACAAAGAAGAAAGGGUUCUUAUCCAAGGGAGAAAACGACGUAUCUCAACAUGGCAAUGGAGCCUGACAGUGAAAAGGGCAGUGAUAAAACAACUACGGAAGGAACGGAUUUAUCAGAUGAUACACCUCAAAUAGUUCCAUAUAACAACGGAAAGGAGCUGUGAAUAAUUAGAUUUCUAUGUGUGGUUUUGAAUCAAAAGUUUCCGGGAGUAAAUUUUAGGGAAUUUUCGAUAAGGUCAUGUGAUAAAAAUUCAGCAUUAUCAUCUACUGAUUUAGUAUUUUAUGCAUUAUAGUAGCUGUGAUUAGAUUAUAUAUUCAAUAUAUAUCUGAUUCACAACAUUUGGUAAGAAUGACAAGAUGUAUUUAUUAAACUAAAUAAUAUUAUGACAGUGUAAAAGAAAACAACAAUAUUUCUUAAAUGAAUUAUGAGUGUAAAAGAAAACAUCAAUAUUUCUCAAAUGAGUUUUGAAACUUAACAUUAAUUUAUAUAUACAUUUAGAAGACUCUAACUAAAACUCUUUCCAUAACUCUUCUCAGUAAUGUAACAUAUUAAUCCACAACAUGUCAUUAAUCAACCUCAUUUUUUGAUAACUAUUUUUCUACGGAGUUCUCAGUGAACGACUCUAUUAGUAUGAUCACUAUUGUUCUACGAAGCCUAUAUAUCAUAUCAACUACUUUAUAAAAAAAAUGUGUUUACCUAUUGAUCAAUAUAAAUUAUUUUGACAAAUAUCGUCAACAAUAUUGUUUGCAUUUUUAUAAAUAUUGUUCUGCAGAAUAUCGUCAAAUUACUUUAUCACUCAAUAACACAUUCUACACUAGAUAUCGCUUGUAUGAUAACAUUCAGAAUCUACUUUGAUAUCUCCUUAGGAGAUAUCGCUUUACAUGAAUUUGAUUGGUCAGUUAAAAGGGAACUACUUUUUUCUAUUUUCAAAGAACAGUUCAUUUUUUGUUCAAAGUAACUUCUUUUUUUUUUAUUAAAAAUGAACUUUUUUUUUAUUUAAUUGGCCUUGAUGGAAACACUGGGUCAAUAUAAAGGACUUUGCAAUGGUUGAAUUGCUGUCAAAAAAUGGUGUAUCACUACGCCGUAAUGUAAUCAGGUUCAGUAAAAGUGAAAUCUAUAGCAAAGAAUUAUAUUUAUUUAUUUGUGCAUGUAAGAAAGGAUUGGGUGAUAAAUAAAAUCUCCUACUCGUCGUUUAUGAUAUCGAAAAAGACUCGUAGGAGAUUCUCUGUUUAUCAACAAUUAUUUUUAUAAAUAAAUUUCUACAGAAUCUCAACUUCGUCAAAAACUUCCACACGUUAUCAACAAUUAAAUUUACAAUCUAUUUUAUCAACAAUUGCCUGCUUUAUUUCACAAUUUUCUUUUUGAUAUGUUUAAAUUAUUCUUCUAUAGAGUCUCAAACAGCAUUGUCAACAAAGACGUUUAUAGACCAUUUUUAUAUUUCAUCAUGGUAUAUAUUAGGCGCGUAUUGCUUUGUUGUUCAUAUAUUAUCAACAAUGAUUAAUCUACCACAAAUAUCAUCCAUAUUAAAAAGAACAACGGCCAGAUGGGACUUCAAAAUUUAAUAUAACAAUCUGUUGUGUCUUACGCUUUCAAUUUUGCAGACUGUUCAAAUUUCAGAUCUUGAAAUGCUUAGAUGUCGAGGUAUAAAAAUAUCACUGUUAGAAAAAAAAAUAAUUGAGGGAAAAUGAUGUUUCGGUUCAAAACACAUUUCAUCUGUUCUCGUUGUUCUCUAGAUAGAACAUCACAAUCAUUAUCUGUCGUCAUUUUGUAUUAUAAUGAAAUAAAGUAUAUUACGUAUAUUUAUAUUUGAUUAAAAUUAUAAAAGUUUUAUGAUCCGGUAUAGAAUGUAAAAAAAAUUAUACAUUAUGUACAUUAUUUUAAAAUAUAUUUUUUAAUAAACUAUAAAAUUGUU